AUGGGUUUUCAAGCAAGUUGCGCGGAUCCGUGUCUGUUCAUGGCAACCAGAAACGAUAAGAAAAUCUACCUUAUCGUUUACGUGGAUGAUUUUCUGAUCGGAUGUGAAAGCGAGGAUGAAAUAACUCGUGUUCAGAAGCAGCUGAGUCAGCAUUUCGAAAUAGUUAAUCUCGGCGAUGUGAAACAUUUCCUUGGACAGGAAGUUCCAAGGGAGAAUGGCGUGUUCAGUGUGAGUUUGACCAACUACAUUGAACAACUGGUUGUCAGGACAAGUCUUAGCGAAGCAAAGACAGCAAGAACGCCCAUGGAUCAGAGCUAUCUGAAGGAUGAGGUUGACAGCAAACCAUUCGAAGAUGGUACGAAGUACAGAAGCGUGCUAGGUGCACUACUAUAUGUUGCGGUGUGUGCACGCCCGGACAUAGCGACAAGUGUCGGGAUUCUUGGUCGGAAAUUCAGCGCUCCCACGGAGGCUGAUUGGACCGCUGCGAAGCGCGUGGUACGCUAUUUGAAAGAAACGAUGGACUGGAAACUGCAGCUUGGAGGCAAAAAGGCGGAAGAUUUGGUGGCAUUUUCGGAUUCGGGCUGGGCAGGAGACAAAAGCACGAGGAAAUCGACCACAGGAUACGUUGUGUUCUACGGAGGAGGAGCAGUAUGCUGGGUGAGUCGUCGGCAGUCUUGUGUGACGCUUUCGACGAUGGAAGCUGAGUAUGUCGCUCUGGCUGAAACGUGUCAGGAAGUUGUGUGGCUGAGACGACUACUCGAAGACUUUGGUGAAAAACAGGUGAAAGCAACAGUGAUCAACGAAGACAAUCAGCCCAACAAACAAUUGAGAGCUCUUAUAAAACACCUGAGUUGA